AUGUUGGAGGCUUCUUUUAUCUUCUCUCAUGGCGAAGUUUUUUUCCAAGUGGUUAUCAAUGUUGGUACAUCAUUAAGAUUGGGUUUUGAGCAUUGGUGCGAAUACAAGGGUAGAAGACCAAUUGCGACAGUGUUUUUCCAUCUCUUCAAAAGGAAAAGUGGUGUUAAGUUUGCAAAUGGUUAUGUCAUGCUUUCUCAGAGACAAAUUGUUAAAUAUUUUGAGAGUUGCUCCGAUAGUAUGAAUCAUUUCAAGGAUCACUUCUUCUUGGUGGCUCCUCUUAGCAAGGAGGCCCAUGUGGAGAUUUGUCACCUAGAUCCUAGCACCUCCUCUGCUUGUACAAACAUAUUUCAUAAGUACUCGAAUCAGAGCCACUUUUUAACUGAAGUUGGGAUGUACCGCUACUAUAAAACUUUGCCAUCCCAUUGUUAUGGAAAAGAGAAAAGGUUAGCAUCUAUUCUUGGGUUGGAAGAGGUUCAACAUGAAGGUCCUUUUCAUAAAUGUCUCCAGUACAGAAUUGCAGAUGGGCAGUCCCAUGUGAAGACGGAUCUAAACUUCGUAUUUCUAAUGCCUCAUAGUCUGAUGACGGGUAAAAAGUUUCAUUCCUCGAAAUAUGAUGAAGAUUAUUCCUGCUUGUUAGGGAUCUCUGACGAUGUCCAUCAAAGGGAGUUAGCGGAGCUGGUUUAUCACGUUCCUUGGGCAUCAGUUAUUUUGGUCUUAGGGGUCACUGGUUGGAAAAAAGUUUUCUUAUAUGAUCACCUUCGUUAA